AUGCAACAAACUUAAAGGGGAAGAAAGGUAAAAAAGAGUCAGAGCUCCAAGAAGAUUAGGUCACAGACAGAAGAUCCCAAAAAAAAAUCGUUAAAUAAGAAACCGUUGUGUUUGAAAUAUUAUUAUGUUGGCCCAGGCAAUAAUGGCAAAUUAAUUUCGAAUUAUUUAUCUCAAUAAUAGUAAUGAGAAUAAUUAUUGAUUUAUUAGAGGUUGGAAGAUUUUAGAUGCAGAAAGCGGAAAAACUUCAAAUGAUUUUUAUUUGAAAUGGGUUCAAACUAAUUCUGAAAUUCAAUUCUAAUAAUUCAAAGAGGGAUAGUAAAUAAUCAAUCAUUUACCUAACCAUAUGAUACUUACAUCGAAAUAGCUUAUCGUAUAAACAAUGAAAGAGUAUGAAAGGUAAAACAAAUGUAAAUUUUUUGUUAAAUUUAGAAUUAUAAUUCAAUUCAUCACACUUCUUUCCUGAAACAUACAGAAUUGAUUUAACCCAAGAGUUUUUGAGUGUUGAGGAAGAUCAAUUUUUGAAAACAGAUAAUUCUGCAGUUUGGAUUAUUAAACCAACCUAUUUUAAUUGUGGAAGAGGCAUAAAAUUAUGUUCAAACGCAAAAAAAUUAAAAUAAGAGUAUUUAAAGUAAUGAUAUUUGUGAAUGUUAGACUAAAAUAAAUCUCAAAUUCAAUAAAAUAAUAAAAAGGAUUUUUGCCUAAUGGUAUAUUCACCCCUAAUCUUAAAAAAUGUAUAGUGCAAAAAUACAUUUAAAAUCCUCUGUUAUUGGAUGGCCGUAAAUUUGAUAUUAGAUGUUAUGUUUUGAUCGCUACUUCGAGACCAUUAUUUGUUCUCUUUUAACAUGGAUACUUGCGUUUAUCUGUAGAUAAAUAUAAUGUUGAAGAUAUGGAUGAUGAAAAGAACAGAUACAAACAUCUAACUAACGCAGCUAUCUAAAAAAAGCAUCCUUCAUUUAGUUCUUCUAAAGAAUCAACCAUUUGGUCUAUGUAGCAAUUAGAAGUAAUAAUAUAUUCCAGCUAAAUAGUAAUAUUUAAUAGAGAAAAUGAGUGUGACACAAGAAUAGAUUGAUAAAAUUUAUUUGUAAAUGAAAAGAAUAUUUGCACAUAUAAUUCGAUGUGCAGCAGAUAAAUUUGAAAAGAGGUUAGGCACUUUUGAAUUGAUGGGAUGUGACAUCAUGAUAGACACAAAUUUAAAAGUGUAUCUAAUUGAAAUGAAUACUAAUCCAGCAUUAUUUUUGGGUAUCUACUUUUAUAAUGAUAUUUAGAUACUACCACUUAAGCUUAAGUUAUUCCUCCAAUAGUUUAGCAAACAUUAGAUUUGGUCAUUUAGUUAAAUGAUGAAAAGAACAAACCAAUUGAGAAAUGCUUGUAGGAUGCAGCCAAACUAAAAUUAGGUAAUUGGGAAGUCAUUCAUAAUGAAUCUAUUAAUUUUAAUUUAGUUGCAUAAUGA